UUUGUCUAGGACCAACACUCGAAGAAAUGGAAGCUGCACGGAAACGCGCUGAAGCAGAAACACGAGCAGCUAAAGUUGCAGAAAAGUUACGAAAAGAACAAGAAUUUUUGGAACGUAAAAAGCAGCGCGAAGAGAAAAUGAGAGAAUGGACAAAUUUGAUGGAGAAAUUGAAAGAAGAGGAGGAAGAGAGACUUUGCAUUUUGGCAGAGCCGUUACGACAUUAUCUGAUGAAGCACGUCUUUCCGACGUUGACGGAAGCUCUCAUAGAAGUGGCAAAAUUACGGCCGGAGGAUCCAAUAGAUUUUCUCGCCGAGUAUUUAUUUAAAAAGAAUCCCGAGGGAAGAAUGUUCGAGCCGGAUUACACGGAAACAAUGAGCAUGCUCUUGGAUGCUAUCGGCCGACAACAAAACGAUGUCCUUCCGAGAGAAGGAUUGGAGGCCGAUGUGGCGCAAUUUCUGAAAAGGCAGGAUGAAUUAUCCACCGUGGACAAAAUGGAAAAAAGCGAAAUGCAAGAUGUCGGCGGAGAAGUGAAUGCUACGUCGAUUCUCGAACGGAGUUCUGAGCACGAAAGAAUUGAUGAUCCUGAUUCUGAGAAGGAGCAAUUGGAUUCCGCUGAACAAAUGACCGAUGAAUUCGGAAGCGAGCUUAAUGAAUUGAUCGAAUUGUUUUUUAAGUAAAUAGUAAGUUCUUAUUAAUCCAGAUAUUCAACACGAUGCAAAUUAACGAUGAAUUUACAACCGCAUCUUAAAUGCUCAUGAUAUUUCAUUAAUUAUUAACAUUUAUUUCAUAUUAAUAUUACAUUUAUCACUUUAAUAUGUCUCAUUUUAAGAUAACGAAUUCUCAGGUAUCUAAAUAAAAGGCACCAAACAGAAAUCCUCUUUGAUAUUCAACAUUAACUGUUCAUGCAUAAUAACUUUGUUAACUUAACUGUGGCGACUUUUUUAUGCAAACAUUAUUUUUUAACCCAAUAAUGUCGAUGCUCAUCCAAACGUGACUUUGUCUUUGGACGCGUACAAUGUAAACUAAAUAUAACAUGACGUACUUAAAUAAUUCCUUGUCUCUUAUUACGUAUUUUUUUAAAUUUAACUAUAUAUUCGAUCGAAGAAUAAUAAUAAAGUUAUUGUAGUUUUUCGUAACUCAUUUUACUACAUUGAGUGAUACUCGUCCUCUAAUUUAUAUCUAAUUUUGGAUUCAAGCGUUUAUACGCUUCUUCUGUUGUGCAACAAGCAGACGUUUCAAGCUGACAGUCCGAAGCGACAAUGGACUUGUCUUUCAAAUGCGAAAUAUUUUAUAUUGAACUUUUACGCAACAAUUACAUCAGAGAAACCAAAAGGCUUUUAAAUCAGACUAACUUUUAUUUUAUAAAAUAAAUGCGGAAAAAAAACUCUUAAUUGUAGAGAAAACUUUUGCUUAAAUAAUAAAUAAAUAUCUAGAAUUUGUGCACGUGCGAUUUCUCGAAAGGAUUUCGAGGAGCAAAGUUUACAGUCCUUGAACAAGUAGAUUGUGUCUACAGUUAGCUUACCCAACUUUAAUCACUUCAAAAGUUAUUACGAAUACGAAACGCUAAGUUAGUUCGCUCCAUAAAAUCUGCCAACGCAAAAAAAUUAUCACCAUCUUUUUAUAAGACAGUUUGAUUAUCACAUUUUAAUGCAAUUUGAGCUGUGGUGUUAAUAUAACGCAAAAAAAUAUUGUCACAAACUUGCAAUAAACGAUCGAUCAUGUAAUAGUUCGCAACUGAGUCAACAGUUCCUGGACUCGGAGUCGUGUCUAAUUUUCAGUUUGUUACCUCUGGGGUCGCGUUGACAAACAAUGGUUUGCCUAACUCUAAUCAUGGUUCAAUUGCGCCUUUCUAAAUCAUAGUAUUAGCUAUUCUACAAAUAGAUUAAAAGACAGAAGAUUAAAUUUAUUGCGUUAUUAAUAAGUAACAAAAAUGAUUCAUAUAUUUUUGUAAUAACAACAAAAUAGUAGCUCGUUGUUAAAAAAAAAAAAAUAAGAUAGUCACAUAAACAACUCAUUUUGUUGAUUUAAAAUAACAUUGAAUUAAUUGGACGCCAUUACAAGUUAAAUUAUGCGUGCUUAUCUCGUACAACUUAAUUACGCAGAUGAUAUCGUUAUAAUGAUGGUGGACAGUGUAGUCAAAUAUUAUGCGAAACUAUUUAGUCCUUUAAUACCUCGCUAUUAAUUUUCCUUAAGGCUUUCCAGGGAAACCUACAAAGCGCAUGCCUAAAUGGGGUUUCUUCUGGAAGAGAUCUUGAGUUUCCUAUUGAGCCGCUUGGGCAUGAGACUAACGAUGGAGAGCUUCCACGGUAAUUCUAUAUUUUUCACCGAAGCACGUUUCGCGUAUUCUCAAACUGUUUUCCCCACAUUGUUUUUCUACGAACGUUGUAUGAAUUAAAUAUUCCCGUGGCGAAGUACGAUUUACCUUCGAAUUAAUUCAGUAUAUCUUUUUUUUUACACAAGGAUGCGCUGACAUACAACGCAAAAUUACCUUGUCUCGUUUCAUUCCAAUUCCAUUGUGAUUUGAUAAACGCGAUGGAGAUACGCUUUAUGUCUGAGGUGAGCGAUUUUAUGAAUAAUUCGGCCACGAAAAUGAGCGAAAAGUCACAAGAUAAAUGUAAAUUAUUUUCACGGGUGUGCCACGCGUAUGAAAGUAAACUCGAAAAUUAAGGAAAUGUAAUGCGGCCAAUUAGCUUGCAAAUGUUCCAUGUAGCUUUAAUUCCAGCGGCCUAAUCAAUUCGUAACUUGCGCCUACCGGCCAGAAAUUGGGUCAGUUCGCUGUUCAACUUGGUUUUAAUCAAUACAAUUUAAUAUCCGUAUUGAAAGUAGAUCUGGAUCAGACAGUUCUCCUACCGGAUUGAUCGACAGGCAGUACUUUAUCUAUUUCACUUCUGCUAAUUUCCGUCGCAGCAUCGUCACAGAAUCGACGGACGUAGGAGCGAAGUUCCCUUGUUCUUUGUAAAACUGUCGCGGCACUUAUCGAUUCUUUACAAGUAUAAAUAGUACGUUAGAGCCUUGCUUUUUCGUACUGAACGCCACACGCGUCGUCGCACUCGAGUCGCGAUUACGUAUUAGCAAUGCAAAACGCCAAUAGCAUUAACUGAAUACGGAGCAUCACGCGUGUAUCGAUUUAAUUUUGAGACAUACCGAAAGCUCGACAUACGCUCGUCACUUGGUAUGUUCAAUCGGUAUGCACUAAUCUAUCGGAAUGCGAUGUAAUGCGAGUGGUUAACCAUUGUGAUGUGUGAUCUCAAAUUUCGACAUAUCUCUCUAUCAAUCUUUAAACGUUUAAGUCAUAUUUCGUCAAUUUUUUUAGUCCAACGUGAAAUUUAAAUAAACAUGCGCUUUUGAUUAUAAUAAUUAACGCCCAAUCGCGAUAGAACAACCGAUCCGCUGGCGGAAUUCGCGAUCGGACGCCGUUGGCAUUCCUUAGAGUCACACAAAUCGUAAACCGUGAAUUCAAACUGGUUCGGCCGUCCGCAAGUACGGUCUAACGUUACAACGGCAAAGAUCGAAUUUCCCCGGCGGUGCUGGAGCACGAGAGCACCGCUGGCGGUAUAUCUGUAUCUCCAAACACCUGUUAGCAGUUCGCUCUCGGGUGGGCGGCUCGCCACAUCGCCUUUAAACCUACGGCGUCGCGAGCAAUACGAAUUCCUGCGUCGAGGCCGGUCUGAAACCAAACCGAACCGAACCGAAUCGAACGAACGAACGAACGAACGAACGAAGGAAGGAAGGAAGGAAGGAGCGAGUGUACGAUGAGAGGCGACCUUGAUCACGGCACCUGAUACGGGGUUGCGCUCGCCUUGAGUUCCGUCGGAUUCCGUUGGAGGCUACGGCCUCGCACAUAAUCCUCUUUCCCUCCCUCUUCUCUCUCUCUCUCUCUCUCUCUCUCUCUCUCUCUCUCUCCCUCACUCGCUUUCUCUUUCUCUCUUUUCUUUUUUGC